AUGAUAGUUCUUUCAUGGAAUGUUAGAGGUUUGGGAGAAACCAGACGAAAAAGUGAUAUUAAACUGUUAGUAAGGAAAUAUAAACCUGAUAUUGUAAUCUUGCAAGAAACUAAAUCUGAUGUUCCAAAUUUUGCUUUGAUUAAGGAUAUUUGGGGUCAUGGGGCAGUUAAAUUUGAGAGUGUGGAUGCUAUAGGGGCCUCAGGUGAGCUCUGGAGUUUAUGGGAUUUCCUCUCUUUUCAUUGUUUGAGUGUGGAGAGAAGGGAUAUGUUUGUGACUAUCUUUUUACAGGGGCCGACUUUUGGUAAUUCUUGGGGUAUUGUUAACGUUUAUAGCCCUGUGAUACUUUCGCUCAAAGAAGCCUUUCUUAAUGAUCUUGGUGAUGUCUGGCUUGCUUAUGAUGUGUUAAUUUGUUUUGGUGGUGACUUUAACUUCAUUCGUUGGCCAGAUGAGGCCUUGUUGAAUAUUGCUAUUCGAUGCGAUUGUUUAAUUCCUUUAUUGAGUGACAUCGGCUCUAUGAUUUGCCCCUCGCAGGGUCUAAAUUUUAUUUGGUCUAUUAACAAUGCUAAUUGUCUAGUUAUGUCCAAGCUUGAUCGUUUUUUGAUGACUGAGAAUUGGGUGAAAGCUUUUCCUCUGGCAACAGUCAAAGCAUUGCUGGGACUUUCAUCUGAUGACAUUCCGCUAUUACUUAAUACUAUCUUAAGUAAUUAUGGGAGAAAGCCUUUUAGAUUGGAGUUGGCUUGUUGGAGAUCUGAGAACUGCUACUCAAUCAAAACUAAAAUUGACAAUAUCUUGGAUGACUUACAGAGAUGGGAUCAGGACAUUCAACAAAUGAGCUUUAUAUAUGAGGCUGCUGUUGGGUUGAGAAACAAGUUGUUGUCGUCUUUGGAUGCCUUUAAUAGAGCUGAGGAGAUCUACUGGAAACAGAGGUCCAGGGUAAAAUGGUUAAAAGAAGGUGACUGUAAUACCAAGUUUUUUCAUGCUAUUGCUAGUGCACGUAAGAGACAUAAUGACUUGUUUGGUCUCCUGGUCUCGGUUGUGGCUGAAGAUGAUAAUACAGCUUGGGAAAACAAUGUCUUGGCUCACUUCCAUAAAGCUUUCUCUUUUGAAAUCCCCUUCAAGCCUAAUCUGAACAGACUGGCCUUUCUUACUAUCCCUUCUUCUAUUGCUGACAGUUUGGAAAAAGAGGUUUCGACGGAUGAGUUUAAGCUAGCAGUGUUCAAACUCCUUGGAGAUAAGGCCCCAGGACCAGAUGGCUUCUCCUUGGCAUUCUUUAAGAGAUUUUGGCCGGUGGUUAAACUAGAGUUAUUGAAGAUGGUGAGGGAGUUUAUGACAACUGGGGAGUUUCUUAAAAGGGUAAAUGCCACUUUUAUUGCUUUAACUCUAAAAAUGUUUGUUAUAUCUACUUUAUCAGAUAUUAGACCUAUCAGCCUUCUCACUAGUCUUUAUAAAAUUGUAGCUAAAAUCCUUCUUGAAAGGCUGAAAACAGUUUUCCCUAUGCUCAUCUCGGAUACACAGUUGGCCUUUAUUCAAAGUAGGUUGAUUUCAGACAGUGUUUUAAUUGCUCAAGAGUGUAUCCACUCUAGAUUGAUAAGCAAAGAACCGGGGGUAUUGAUGAAACUGGAUUUGGAGAAAGCCUAUGACAAAGUGGAAUAA